GAUGCUUGAACUCAUUCAUAUUCAGUGAAAUUAAAUCAAUUCUGUUUUAACUUAGUUAGAUUUACAACAAAAACGAAUGUUAAAUUAUGUGAAGCAUCUUUCAUAUACGGUGCACAGUCCACUUGGGGUGUGAUAAUACAUUUAGCCCCCAAGAUGAAACGAUACACAAUAUUGGGUUCACGAGAAGGAGAUACUUUAAUAUCACAUUAACUUUAUAUUAACAUUAAGAAAACCACUAUGAUAAUGAGUCGCAAAGAAACUCAGGUUCAUUUUGACAUGUUUUAAAACUUUGAUGCUUUUAAAGUGCUUGUGACACUAAAACAUUUUUGACAUACAAAAUAACAUCGAAAGGCAUAUUUCCUGGCUCAGAUGUGUGCUUGAAUGUUGACAUAUUUACCCAUUUUUACAUCUUUCGCCACUGAAAAACAAUCCUGUUGGAGACUGGAGAAGAAGAAGGAGGAAGAAACGUCAAUUAGAGUCUCCAAUUAACCUAACAUGCAUGUUUUUGGAAUGUGGGAGGAAACCGGAGUACCCGGAGAAAACCCACGCACGCACGGGGAGAACAUGCAAACUCCACACAGAGAUGCCCAAGCGGAGAGUCGAACCCAAGUCUUCCCAAUCUCCUGUGUGGCCAACAUGCUAACCACUUGGCCACCGUGCGGCCAGCAGUAUGACAGUAUUAAAUGGCUGACGUCUAUGGAAAUGUAUUCCGCUUUCAUUACGGACAUCAAAAGCUCGUGUUUGUGUGCAGCUACAAGAUGGUAAAGGAGGCCAUUGUGACACAGGCCAAGAACUUUGUGGAUCGACCGUACAGUUCUGUUUAUGCAAGGCUAUUCUCCGGACAAACAAAUGGUCUGUUCACUAGCAAUGGUGAACCGUGGAAGAAGCAGCGGCAUUUCGCCUUGUCCACUAUGCGCAACUUUGGUGUUGGAAGGAAUCUUAUGGAGCGAAACAUCUGUGAGGAGGCUCGGCACUUGGUGGAGGAGAUUGAGAGCCACAAGAGUGAACCUUUCGAUCCAAGAGGACUCUUCACCAACGCUGUGUCCAACAUCAUCUGCCAGCUGGUGAUGGGAAGACGUUUUGAGUACAGCGACCACAACUUUGUUAUCAUGAUGCGCAAUUGGACUGAAUUUGUUAAAUUGGAGACUUCCAUAUGGUUUGACCUCUACGAGGUAGUCCCCCGAAUAAUGAAGCACCUGCCAGGUCCUCACAACAAGAUAUUUCGCCAUUUCAACAACAUCUCUGAUUUCAUCAGUGAGGAAGUGAAGAGGCACAAACAGGACCUGGACCCCAACAAUCCCAGGGACUACAUUGACUCUUUCCUGAUAGAAAUGAAGAAUGUGAGUGAAACGCCAUCAUGCAAACAAAACGCUACAAAGCGUCAACUUACCAUAUUUUCGUUCCAGCACGCUGAAAACGAUCAUGGCUUCAAUGAGAACAAUUUGGUUCUGUGUUCCAUGGAUCUCUUCAUGGCAGGAACAUUACCCACGGCCGCCACUUUGAAGCUGGGUUUGUUGUACCUCAUUGAAAACCCAGAAGUCCAGGAGAAGGUCCAUGCAGAGAUUGACCAAGUGAUCGGGCGGACUCGUUUGCCCAAUAUGGCUGACAGAGUCAACCUGCCCUACACAAACGCUGUCGUCCAUGAGAUCCACAGGAUGGCCAACAUUGUUCCGUUCAAUGUACCCAGAGUGGCCGCCAACGACACACAACUCGGGGGCUACGACAUACCAAAGGGUACUUGCGUGAUGAUCUUUCUGAUGUCUGUGCUGUUUGACAAGAAUGAAUGGGAAACACCACACACCUUUAACCCUGGACACUUCCUUGAUGCUGAUGGAAAGUUCCUAAAGAAAGAAGCCUUCCUGCCUUUUGCUGCAGGGAAGCGUGUGUGUAUUGGAGAAGGAUUGGCCAGGAUGGAGAUUUUCCUGUUUUUGGUGGCUUUGCUUCAGAAGUUCUCGUUCUCCGCCCCCGAUGAAGAAGAGUUAAGCUUCAAGAUGUACUUCAAGACUCGCUAAUUGAUGCACUGUAACACAAAAUGCAAUAAAUGUUAUUUGUUUCUUUUGCUAAACUUCAAAAAUGAUUUGAACUUCGAAGGUUUUUCAGUCAGGGGAUAGGUAAAGACAUUGCUGUAAUGAGGUCAAAUGUGGAGAAUGAAUGAAUGUAUAGCUCAUAUUACACUUUAACAGUACCAUUUCUUUCAAUAGACAUGCUCACAAUUAAAAUCUUUUAACAAGACUUACAAUUUUUUAAGAACUUAGUGAUUACAUCAUGAUUUGAUGGACUGAUUAGUUCAUUGACGUACAGAAGAAUCACAAGACUGAUUGACUUACAUGAUUCAGUCAACGAGGACUCUCACUGCUGCUCGAUGUUUCUGG